AUGACCAAUGUCCGCCGCUUGCUGAAACCAGGCGGCCGGUUCGCUAUCUUUGAGACCACCGACCCCGAGCAUAUCUCCUCGUGCUUCACGUUCGGUGUCUUUGAGGGCUGGUGGCUUGGGGAGGCGGAUGGGCGCCCCUUUGGCCCGCUCAUCGCUCGAGGUGACUGGGAGCGUCUUCUUCAGAGCACUGGGUUCAGUGGAUUUGAGGCCAUAUCCUCCGACGCUGAUACCCAGCGCCUGGGAAUGUCGGUCUUUACGGCUCGUGCCGUUGAUGACCAAAUUCUGCGGUGGGAACGGCCGCUUGCUGUACCCGCUCAGGCACAGUAUCGCGAUCUCAUAUUGCUAGGGGGAGCUACCGCAGCCAGUGAAUCCCUGCUGUCCGCGGUGCGGGUUCUAGUAGGCCCAUACUUCGCCAGCAUCACCGUCGCGCCAACGCUCGAUGCAUUCGUGACACAAUCCCAAACAUCCCUGGCCGUCGUUUUAUCGUUAAGCGACAUCGACAGUCCAUGUCUGCAGGGUCUGACGACGGGCCGUCUCCGUGGCUUGCAAGAAGUCAUCGCAGCCACGGGUACGCUGUUGUGGGUGGCCCCAGAUUCCCCGAUUGCUGAUCCGUAUCUCCGCAUGAGCAAAGGACUACUACGCUCCCUGGUCUUUGAAAACCCUCAUGCGCAGUUUCAGCAUCUGGCGGUCCGCGAUCCUGGUGCAGUAUCCGUGGACCUCGUCGCCACGACUCUGAUGCGACUGGUCCAUUCCAACUUUGGCAGCGAUUACAGCCUCUCCACCUACACUGAGAACACCGAGUGGGAGCUCGUCUUCGAAGAGGGAGUCUAG